UUGCUAACAAGCUAGCCAAACAACAGCGUUCCGUUGAUGGGUUAGCAGCGGCUCGUGGCGGACAGAACGCCUCCGGUCGCUUCCGUUAAACUGUUAUUCACACACUGAAUGUUGUUCGUGGGUACUGUGGUUGCGGUGGGUCGUGCGUGUGUUCAUUUCCCGUCGGGUUGGACGUGUGUUGAUGAUCGCAGCUCGCUGCUAACGUCAACAUCACCUUCUGCGUGUAAUGCUUUCUUGACUGCGUUCAGACUUUAGGCUGUUUCAACUCGGAGGCGCGGCGUCGCUGUGUCACGCGCCGUGGAUCUCGAAAGUAGCACACGCUGUUCUCCUAAUUGUGGCCGUGAAAAAUCGCAGCGCGUGUGUAUGAUUGACAGUGUUUUGCGGCCGCUGGAGCGUCGGGUUUCAUUCAUGCGAGGCGCGGAUGUGACAGCUGAGAUUGGCUCCUGUGGGGAGUGGGAGGGCUGCUGUCUCCCCCAGGCAGUCAGUGCAGUCCGUGCAGGGAAGCUGCUCGGACAAGUUGCACAUACCGAUCACUGAGCUCUUUUUUUCCCUUUUCUUUUGCACCAUGAAGCCUCAACAGCACCCAGGGGGAGAUAAGAGUGGGGCCAAGUCAUCAGGCCAAGCUACCAGAACUGCAGCCAAGACACGCAGCAGCAGGUCCACAGGCUCAAACGGAGAGCGAGGAGCUCAUGUGGACUCCUGGAGUCAAUGACUGUGACCUCCUCAUGUACCUCAGAGCAGCCAGGAGCAUGGCGGCGUUUGCAGGGAUGUGCGACGGCGGAUCCACUGAGGAUGGAUGCUUAGCAGCUUCCCGGGAUGACACCACCCUCAACGCUCUCAACAUGCUUCAUGCAAGCCAUUACGAUGCAGCAAAAGCUCUCCAGCGUCUGGUCAAGAAGCCACUUCCCAAACUAAUUGAGAAAUGCUGGUCGGCAGAUGAUGUGAAACGCUUCAUGAAGGGUUUGAGGCAGUUUGGAAAGAAUUUCUUCCGCAUCCGAAAGGAGUUUUUGCCGAGCAAAAAGACUGGGGAGCUGAUAACGUUCUACUAUCACUGGAAGAAAACCCCCGAGGCUGCAGGAACCAGAGCUUAUCGCCAGCAACGCCGGCAGCCGUCGUCCCGCAAAGCAAAGACCCGAUCUGCAGCCGUUCUGGACAACGCUCCAUCCCGAAAAUACUCAGUGGAUGCCAGUUCUGCUAGUGAGGAUGAUCUUGACAGUGAAGACAGUGAACAAGAAGCUAAGAGCUGCAGUCACUGUGGUGCAACAAGUUCUAAGGAUUGGCAUCAGGGCGGACGGGACAACUCUUUGCUGUGCACCACAUGUCGCACUUCUGUAAACAAACAUGGCUUUCUGCCGCCUGCGUCAAAGUCUGCCAACUCCUCCUUCAUGUUCAAGCUUGUUAAAGCAGAGGAAGAGGUAAACAGCAAGCAUGGCAUGAGGACUCGGCGGAGCAGAGCACCACAGUUGUCGUCGUUGAGGAGUGGCCACAAGAGGCUGACGGGUUCCCCCACCAGUGAGGACCAGCCAACCAGUAGCCAGCUGUCCCCAAGUGGAUCCAUAUCCAACUCUUUGAGAUCAUCGUUGACAGAAACUAAGAGUGACUCCACAAAGAGGACCAAUAAGAAAAUAAAAGAGGCGGUAACACGGCCAAAGACGACUAAACGUGCACGAGAAAGCCCGGUUCUGGAGCCCGAUAAACCUGAAAGAAAUGUACAGAAAAAACAGAAAAUCCAGGAUCUUCAGGGCUCCCGAUCUGAGGGGGAGGCAGAGGAGGAAAGCUCCUCGGAAAGUCGCAGUGCUCAGGAUGAUGGCAGUGAUACCAAAGACAUCGAUCAAGACAACCGCAGCUCCUCUCCCAGUAUUCCCAGCCCCCAGCAGGGCCUGGAGAGCGACUCCGACUCCUCUGCCCAGCCCAACGGCAUCCCGUCAGAGUCCAACGCUCCCGUCGGCGUUCUGCCCCACCCCCCAGAGACUCUAGCCGCUCAGGGUCCGGCCGUCACUGCUCAGCAACCAGCACAAACGCCCUCCGCUGAUCCCACUCCGAGCCCAUGUCCCCCCUCCCCAGAGCCCGUCCCAGGGGCCGCAGCGGGCGGCCGAGUGCAGCCCCCCCCUUCCUCUGUCUCUUGGCCCCCAGCGUCAACGCUGGGUCCGGACGCUUCUCCCUCGCAAGCUUUUCACGUCCCACCGGCUCUCAACUCGUCUCAGCCUCUGCAACCACACAGCGCAUCCCCACAACCCCCCCUGCGCCCCCCACCUUUCUUUAGGGAGACACAAAACCCACAGCCUCCCCACUGUGGCCCCCAAAUCAAGCCCCCUCCCACUACCCCUAUUCCGCCUUCACUCAAACAGCCCCCUCACCCGUCUGCUGCACCUUUCCCCCAGAUGCCCUCCAACCUGCCCCCUCUUCCUGCCCUGAAACCCCUCAAUUCUCUGCCCAACCAGCAUCCUCCUGGAGCCCCCCCUCCUCCCCUCCAGCUCAUGUCCCACCCACCACCUGUGAAUCCACUUCCCGCCCAGCUGCCUGUCAUCUCUCAGGCGCAGAGCCACUCUGGGAAAGACGCCGCGUCUUCACACCCUCCUCUUCCUCCUGACACAUCCUCCGUCGGCCCGGUCCCGAGCCUCCAGCCGGCCCUCCCGCCCGCUCCCUUCAGGCUGUCGCCAAGCUCCGCCCCCGCUGCUGCCGCCGGAUCACAAGUCCGGAUUAAAGAAGAGCCACUUGAUGAGGCAGAGGAAGCAGAGAGUCCUCCUCCUCCCCCCCGGAGCCCUUCACCCGAGCCCUCUGUUGUCAACAUGGCGAGUCACGCCAGCCAGUCUGCGCGGUUUAUCAAACACUUGGAUCGGGGGUACAACUCCUGUGCGAGGACGGACCUGUUCUUCACCCCUCUGUCCUCCUCCAAGCUGGCCAAGAAGAGAGAGGAGGCUGUGGAACGGUCCAGGAGGGAGGCGGAGCUCGGCGCUCGACAGGAGCGGGACAGAGAGAGGGAGCGGGACCGCGAGACCGACAGAAACAUGGUGAGUCAACUCUUUUCUUUUUUCACACAAAUGCCAAGUCUUUUCACGCUCCGCCUGUGCUUCCAGCGAGCGACGAGUUCCUCUCACGACUGUCGCAUGAAUGAAGUUCAAAUGGCGGCUCAUGGCCACGGGCGCCCGCCGUACGAGCAGUCGCCCACCACCGUGGCGGCAGUUCAGCCCUACAUUGGCCCAGACACGCCGGCCCUGCGCACCCUCAGCAACUAUGCCCGUCCUCACGUCAUGUCCCCCACCAAUCGCAACCACCCCUUCUACGUGUCGCUGAGUCCCGGCGAUCCCCUGCUGGCGUACCACAUGCCGGGCCUGUACGGUGCCGAUCCCAGCCUCAGGGAGCACGAGCUGAGGAACCUCAGGGAGAGGGAGCUCCGCGAGAGGAUGAAGCCCGGCUUCGAGGUCAAACCGCCCGACAUGGAAACCUUACCGCCUUCACCCAACCCCAUGGAGCUGCUGGCCAGGCAUGGGGCUCUGGGUCUCCCCCACAUGCCUGGACCUCCUCAUCCCUUUGCAGCUUUUCAUCCCGGGCUGAACCACCUGGAGCGGGAGAGGAUGGCGUUGGCGGGACCCCCCCUUCGCCCAGAGCUGAAUUAUGCUGAGCGACUGACCGCAGAGCGCCUUCACGCCGAGAGGAUGGCCUCCGUAGCAGCUGACCCUGCCACCCGGCUGCAGAUGCUCAGCGUGACGCCUCAUCAUCAUCAGCACUCCCACAUUCACUCCCACCUCCAUCUGCACCAACAGGACCCCCUCGGUCAAGGUCCUGGCCCUCAUCCCUUAGUGGACCCGCUAGUGACGGGACCACGCUUGGCUCGAUUCCCGUUCCCCGGCGGCCCAAUGCCCAAUCCUCUCCUCAGUGAUCUUCCUCAUGACCAUGAGAUGCUGCGCCACCCACUUUUUGGAGUGUAUCCGCGGGAGCUGCAGGGUCCAAUGCCGCAGAUGUCUGCGUCCCAUCAGCUUCAGGCCAUGCACGCUCAGUCUGCAGAGCUGCAGAGGAUGGCGAUGGAGCAGCAGUGGCUUCACGGGCAUCACCUUCACGGAAGCCCUCUGCCAAGCCAGGAGGAUUAUUACAGCCGCCUGAAGAAAGAAGGUGACAAGCCAUCUUGAGGUGGUGCAUGCUUUUGAAUCCUUAUCUAAAUAUCAAUACUGUGUCUGUUUAAAGCUGUCAUAAGAUUCCCCUUUUUCCCUUUUUAAUAUAUUUUAGAGAUAUAUUUGUGAAUCUUAAUGUGCAUUCCUUGUUGAGCACUUCCUAAGACUGCCAAAGUCGGUCGGACUUUUCCUGUGACUUUAGGGAUUCUGCAUCCGAAAUGUUGGACAAUCUCCCUGGAUUCUCUGAGAUUCAAAACUCUUUGCUCAAGUCCCUGCUAACCUGUUUGAUACGCACUCAUGCAUUAGCUGAUGGAUGUAAAAACACAGCGACUUUGUUCUUUUUUCUCUCCAUCUAUUCCUUGUACAUGAAUGCAUUGAAAUCUGUGUUUCGGUGGAAAUAAUUAUCACCCGGCAUGACUCACCCGUAGUUUAGCAGUCUUUGCGUUGUGGUGUGAGGCUCUAAUGUAGAGGUCAGCUUUAUUCCUAGAUCUGCUAACGUUUUAAUACAAAGAUUUUAUAUAUCAAGAUAUCUUUUCACUGCAUAUUUGAAGCUUUUAUUCCUUUUUUUUUUGUAAAACUGCAAAUAGUACAUGAGUGUAAUAUUCUAUAUGAAUGAGUACAAUUAGUAAAUGUAAUCGUUAAGCACCCUUAAUCCUUAACUUAGCACGACAAACUGUAACCCAUUCGAUAAAAUGGUGUUCGCUAUUAUGAAUUGUGACAACUAAUGGGACAAAGACGUGUCUGUUCUGACUGAGAGCUGUAAUAAAGUGUGUUUGCAUUGUUCUGAAGACGGUGGGUGACCCGAUUGGACAGAAACCAAAUGUGGAGCAUUUUAGUGGAAUUUUACAAAGAACUCAGUAUAGGUGUGAUAAAAAUACCAAGCUGUAUUCAUGCUAUAUUUAUUUCAAUAAAUAUUUCUUCAAUGA